AUGAAGAUCGAAAUCAAGUCGGAAGAGCUAAAGAAACGACUUUACGCGCUUCUAAGCGCACCUUUGUGGGGAUUUCGUGAAACAGUGGAUGCAUUUGCCAAAGCAUGUCCUCGGGAGGUUGCAGAUGAACAAGUCAAUCCUGAUCAGCUCGUGGGCAAUGAAGAGUUUUGGACGACGAUUGUUAAUCCUGAGCUUGUCAAAAGGAGGGUGGGGAUGGUCAAAUAUCUUGAAAAAUUAGAGGAAAGUGGACAAGCUGUGGUUUGGGACGGGAAAGGGAAGGGUAGAGGGAUUGUUAUGACGGGUGGCAAUCAAGAUACGACAGCUCGGUUGUUGGUCACACUGCGGAUUUUGCGAAAGGAAUAUAAGACUUCGUUGCCUGUGGAGAUCUUCUCUUUCCCUGGUGAGAUACAGGACGAGGCUCUGCUGAAGGAACUUGAAGAAUUGAAUGCUGUCGUCAAGGAGCUGCCAGGAAGAACGAAGCUUAACAUAUGGAAGAACUUCCAAAUCAAAGCGGACGCGAUUGUGUCAUCCUCAUUUGAAGAGGUCUUAUACUUAGACAGCGACAAUGUCCCUACCCGCGACCCCACAUACCUCUUCAACGCUGAUAUCUAUAAGAAGAAUGGGAAAGCAGUUUUCUGGCCAGACCUAAAUAAAGACCACCCGGAUAAUCCGAUCUGGCGUUUAUUGGGAAAACCAUGCGACUAUUCACAAUGGGAGAUCGAAUCAGGUCAAAUCAUUAUCAGUAAAUCCGGAAAUGACGGGUUGAACCUUGCUGCGUUGCAUCUCGCGUCGCAUAUGCAAGAACAGCAUGAGUUUUACUUCCGUCUUAGUGGAGGUGAUAAGGACACAUUCCGAUACGCAUUCUGGGCGUUGAGAUUACCGUUUGGCGUCUCGCCCCGAUAUCUGUCUGCUUUGGGAUUUAAAAGCCAGUAUGACAACGGUCGCUUCUGUGGGAUUGCUAUGCUGCAGUAUGACCUCAUCGAUCCGCCAGAAGCUCAAGCUACCUCUCAUCCAACUCCGCUCUUCGUCCAUGGAAACCUUCUCAAACAUAUGAACCUUUUGCCGUCAGGUGGCGGUAGCCCGUUCAGUGUCAUCAAACGAUUCUCCACGGAUGUGGCGAAAUCGAGAGAGUUAGAUGGAGCGAAGAUGUAUGUGUAUAAUGUUCAUGGCAUGUGUAUAGAUUUGGAAUUGUUGGGUGAGGCUGCGGUGGAGAAAGGCGGGAAGGGAUUGAAGAUUGUUGAGGAGGCAUUUGAGGAGGUUUAUGGAGGGCUGUUGAAAAGAUUCUCGGAGAUCUAUUAUAAGCAUGGCGGGAAAGGCGGUGGGUGGCGAUGA